AUGAGGGGACAUCAUCUUGCCCUCAGCAGGGUAGGUGCGGCUGUUGCAGGUCCAAGCAGCUCAGUCACGCGCUCAACCUUGCUGCACCACACGAGGCUGUCCCAAUCACGAUACCUUGCUACCCAUGCCGACGAGCCACCUUCACCGUUCGCACCAUUUCAAGAUCUCAUCAACGAGGCAUUGAGGCCUACUUUCGCUCAUUCAGCGUUGCUCUCACCCGCACCACAGAAGUCAAAGAGCGACACGGACACCAAAUAUGCCCAUCACCGGCAACAGUCUCAGACAGCAGCGACUGUUCCCACCAAGACGUCAAAGUCGACCGUAGCUAGUACCAGCUUUCAGCCCGAUCAAGCGUACAGCAGCAAGAAAAUUGCCAACAGAGCGUACAUGAUUGUCCGUUUCAUCCGCCUUAAUCGCAUCCUCUCCGCCAUGGCUGCCUUUGUCGAGGAUGUCGCCAAUCCAACCCGCACGCCUUUCACCUCGGAGCAGCUGCAAGACUUUGUCGUCGCCUUGCGCAUUCAAUGCAAGAAGCAUUCCACUACUCGCCCUGCUCCCAUCCCUUCCGACUCUGCAAAUGGCGAGUUGUGGAGACCCGCUCGCCUGGACCCUUCCAUCCCAGCCAAGUCGCUCCCCAUCCCAAUACAGUGCAUGUACGCCAUGGCUGCCAUCUACGACGUUGGCCUUGAACGCAACGCAUCUCCUACAGCGAAGAUGAUCUCGGCCAUGCUGUCCACUUGGGCGGGUUACCUCAGUCCUGAUCAGCUGUAUCAGGCGGCCGAUUCUGCGCUGGGUCACCUGGUCCCUCCCACAGCAACCGACCAGGCAGCUUGUCUCAGACGCAUCAAUCACCGUGCCCUUUCCUCCUUCAUCAGCACGUUUGGUUGUGCUAGAAGCCCAGAACGAGGGGAGAAGCUGCUAGCUUGUUGGGCAAAAGCGCAGAGAGUCAAUGGUGGGCCGCAUAGCUCAGUAUUUCACGACGACGAGCACAUCGACCUCACAGGAUGGGGCCAGAAUGUCUUGAUUUGGCAGGCAUUGAUCAAGUCUCGAGUCGAUGCGGGCGAUCUGGUCGGCGCUCAAAAGUGGCUGCAACGAUACAGGAUGGCAUCUCGACAUUCGCAAACGCCUCACCCGAAUAUUCAGUCUGAGCCAUAUCUCGCGUAUAUGGCCGGCAUCCGCAGAAAGGCCGAGAUUCGCAAACCCUCGCGAGACCGGAUCAGAAGGAUCAUGGCCGAGAUCCGCGCUGCUGUGCAGUUCAUGAUCGACGAUCACGUACCCAUAGAGAGCUCGGUUGUCGCCUUUGUCAUCGACUUUGAGGCGAGGGUGGGCAACGUCGAUGGCGGUGCCGCUCUCAUUCAUGAACUGGGUGGCUUUAUAGGGGACCGCGCGCUGGAAGAUCCGAAGCUGCUUCGAGCUCUUUUCCGUUUCCGCAAAGCUGCGGCUGACGCUAGGGAAGCUGCUGCUGCUGCGUAUGCAGUCGCACGCACAAAUCUACAGAUCAAGGACGGAUCUGACGCGCUGCCGCCUGUGCGAUCGCUCAUUCGCUCUCUGGUUCACGUGGGCGAGGCCAAAGUGCGUCUUUCACAAGAGGAUCUGGCAUCGUGCAGAAGUCGCGGCACACUGAAUGCCGCCCUCAUGUCUGCCAUGGCGGAACGCGAUUAUCCCGCCGCUGUUGUCGUGCUCAACCUCUUUGAACGCUGGAGGAUUGUCCCAUCCAAAAGCACGUAUACGCUUGUUGUCAACCCUCUCAUCGCACAAGGUCACUACGGCGCUUUCACAGCUGAUCCAGGUGAAGUCACCGUCUCUAGCAGCAAGCUCAAUCUAGAAGCGACACUCCAGAGCGUGGCACGCGACACCAGCGACGCGCAAGCACAGGCUAUUCUCCGCGGCAUUCGAGACCAGUCUUUGAUGGGCGAGACGUCCAUCUUCAGCGCUCAACCUGCCACGGCACUCCGUCAGACACAGUACCUCGUCCGCGUUCUCAACCGAGCGUGUGCUGCCGAGUUCGAAAAUUUCGAGCAGGAACGAGUCGUUCCCGACUGGUUGUCGGUGUACAGGAACACUCAAGCGAAAGACGAGCCGGAAAGAGCGCUGACGGAAGAGGCUGUUCGAAGCCAAGUAAAGUCUGCCAUCUUUGCGGCGCAGGAUGAGCUGCUUGGGACCAAAGAGGAAAGACAGGACUCGCCGUACCACAAACGGCUGAUGCCGGAAUCAAGAGCACGCCUCUUCUCGGUACAGCCAUCUCUGUCGCCUCACCGAUGGGGGCUCGAGGUGCGUGCUAAAGGUAAACAGCUUCGUUCGAACAGUGAGCCUGUCAAGCGCGACACGAGCGAUGCACUGACACAAGAGCAUAUGGGGCGAUCGGCUGCGAGAUCGACGGCUGUGCCCCGUUCGAUCAAGCGGUAUACGAAGGCGUCGACCCCCCCUACGACGGGCGCGAGCGUGGGCUUGGCACGUGCCUUUUCCACCUCAGCUGCGACAAUGGCUAACGACCCAGGCGCGAGCUGCGACUUAGCGUCCGCAUCCAAGGGCGACUACACGCACCUCGAGCCGGUCCGCACGAUAUACAUUCCUGGCUUUGUACCUUACACCCUGGGGCUGGCGCUGCAAGAACACCUGGUUAAACAGCGGUCGGAUGCACGGGCGGCCCUGCGCGCGCUUGCAGACACCUCUUCCAAGUCAGCGUCCACUCUGGCUGGCCUCUCCACUGUCUCGCCUUCGGCAUCGGAACGCGAGCUCCGCGCACAAGCCGAGCAGGAUACGCUGCUUCUGCUGCAGCAUCGACCCGUGUACACCGAGGGACGGCGUCACGAUGCCGAAAACGAACUUGUGUCCACACACCUGCGCUCGCUCGGGGCCGAGUACCAUCUGACCAAACGCGGUGGCCAGAUCACGUACCAUGGACCGGGACAGCUGGUCGGGUAUCCGAUCCUCAACCUCGCCAGCAUGAACCUCGCCAGUCGUUGCUACGUGGACAGGAUUCAGGACUCGCUCAUCUCGCUGCUCGCCAGUCGGGGCAUCGAGACGGUGCCGCCGCCGGACGACCACACGGGCGUAUGGGCGGACGAGUACCACAAGAUCGCGAGCAUCGGCAUCCAGGUGCGCCACCGCGUGUCGAGCCACGGCUUUGCGCUCAACGUCGAGCAGCGCGCCAUGCGCGGGUUCAAGCACAUCGUCGCAUGUGGCAUCGUGGGCCGCAACAUGACCUGUCUGCAAGACCGCCUGGAUCCGCACGGCCCGUUCGCCAAGUACAACCCUCCCACUCCAGAGGGCAGGGAUGCGGACAAGGACAAGGACGAGAAGGUGGGCAGUAUCGCCGAAGCGUACAAAGCCCACUUUGCAAACGUGUUCCAGAGAAGGGUGAGGGACGUGGAUGAGAGCGAGUUCGAGGUGGUCCUCGUGGAGGAGGUGCACAGGGAAACGCUGGCGCAGAAGCUGGGGAUUCACAUCGAGGAGGACGAGCGCGUCGUAGGCGCGUUGAUGGUCGACGGGCACCGAGUGAGCGUCUAG